CUCAGAAACGAUAAGCAACGAACGAACGUUAUUGUUUCUAUUUAGUCAUAUUUCUUUAAAUACGUUAAAAGGACGAGGACGAUAAUUGUUUCUCUCUCCCUUCCUCUCUACUACUUUAUGUUCUUCUUUUUCGCUCUUCUUCUUCUUCUUUUCUACACGCUCAAGGAGCGCAAGUUCGGAACUGGACCGCCCUCUCCGGACGGAAGCCACGGAACAACACCCCCACUCGACUCCCUCCACUAAAGCAAACUACCACCUCUACCAUUGCCUCUUCCUCUUCCUCCUCCUCCUGUUGUUGUUCUUCUCCUCCUCCUCCUCUUCGUUCUUCUCGAUUGAGAGAAAGAGAGAAAGAGUGAGAGAUUUCACGCCAAUCCCCCCACUUUCGAAAAGGAGAGAGGCAGAUACUCGACGAUAGAGCCUCCGGCACACGGGCACCGAGAGUACCACGCGAGUGGAGAACCCGUGGCUCCGUCGCGUUCAACCCCCCGAAGAAGACCGGAGAGGAGCUAAGAAUUUAAAGUAAAUCUAUAUUAAAUAGUAGUAUAGUAGUAUAUCAAGAAAAGAAAUUAUUUUCUAUUUGCUGUUUGUCUCUCUUUCACUCUCUCUUUUUGUUUCACCUUCAUGUCGUCGUAAACGAUUUUAGACGACCAAAUUUUUCCUAGCUCCGGUCAAGCAUACGAUUUCUCAUUAUCCACUCGUCGUUCGAAUUUGAAAAAAGAAAAUAACAAGGAAACUACUUCGAGUGGUGGUGGUGGUGGUGGUGGUUGGUAGUGGUCCAUCGUCAAUUUGGAGAAUGGAGAACGUGAGAUCGUUAAAGACGUGGAAGAAAAACUAUCGCUAAACGCGGGGUGGUUUCCGUUAACAAGGGCUGAUCGAAUUACCUCGACUAACCGAGGUGGAUAUAAGGGUACGCGACGCGUUGACCACCCCGUUGACUGAGGAUAAGAAAAUACCUUUUUUCCGCGUGGAAAAUGUGAGUGCCACCGAACAACGUUUAUACUAUCUGCGGGUGCCUUUGGUUAAUUUUUUUUUCUUAUUCUUGUUCUCUCCCUUUGUUUUCUUUUCUUUUUUUUUUUGUAUAAUUCUCUAAUUAUUUUACGAGAAUCUUCUUCGGGGGGCUCUCGUGCGAGUAAGGUGUCGCGAAAGAAAAACUACUUGGCCAUUAGAAGAAAAAGUGUUCGUGAACUAUUAGGUGUGAGUGAUUUAUACGUAUAUUCGAGAGGAGUUGACUGUGGUGCUUUAUAUUUCCUUCCUUCCUUCCUUUCAUUAUUUUUCUUUCUUAUUUUUAUUUCCUUUUUCUUAUCACUCUAUCCUUGUUAUUUUAUCACGGAAGUGCGCGAACUCCGAUUUCGUUUCGAUCGAGAUUAAAAUAGAGAACAAAACGUGUUAACUCGACAUUUGAUAACGAGUUAUAUUAUUUCUCCUUUCCAUUUAUUUCAUUUUUCUUUUCAAUUUAUCCCUCUCUUUCUGUUCAUCCAUUUUUUUCGUUAUUUUUGUGUGAACACGUUACAUUUCGUGGUCGUAAUAAAGUGUUUGGAAGUUUUUAUAUUUAUAUAACCAGUUGGAAGGAUUUUUGAUCGUCGUGCCGACGGACUAUCAUGCUAACUUUAAGUGCGAUAAGUGGAAGGAACGAGGAUAUUCGCUGAAAAGGGAUUUUUGAGGAUGAUACAUCAGUGAAAUAUAGACAGGGAAGAGGGAGGAGAGGGUUCUUGGCGAGGUUCGAGAUGUCCGCCGUUACCAGCCCGUAUGGACCCACGGAGAUGCUGUCCGAUUCGGUCUACAACUACGCAACGACUCGAAGAGGUACCGCCGAUCAAGACGGCGAGUCCCGAUACGAGACGCAAGCCCAGUUGCAGAUAUCCAGCAUACAAAAACCACGCAACAAACGGAAAAAUUUCAAACCCAUAAACAGUCGAAUGGCCGAAGUUUCGGACGAAUCGGAUAGGGAUGAGGAACACGAACAAGAAUCCGACGAAUUAAUACUCGGCGUCGAGGAUACACCAAGCAACAACGAGAUCUUAGAAUACGAAAGGAAAACUAUGCUUUUACCGGCUGCCGUAUCUAACGACGAAAGGUCGAAGCAACAGAGGCUGAACAACAACGAGGUCAGCCCGAUGGACCUCUCGGUCGCUACGAGGCCACCCUCCUCCGACGUCGAUGACGACAGCGGCGAUUCCCUCGGGCACAAGUUCAUCCUCGAACGGCUAAGCUCUCAGAAACUUUAUUCCCCGGGCACGGAGGUCAGGAGUCCAACUUCGGAUUCCUCGGAGAAAAGUGUCGGAAGUAUAGUCCUAGAUGCCGAUUCGGGACGAUUGGAUGAUCAGGAAUUAGCGUUCGAUGACGAUCGUAUGCAAGACGGUGAUGCCGAUAUGGAUGGUGAUGAUGAUGGUGACAAUGACGUUGAAACGGAAUGCGAGAAUGAGAGAAAACCAUUCGAAGGAAUGAGAGAGUACGCCGAAUCGACAAUGCAAGAACUUUUAGCGAUUUAUGGUCUUGCGGGUAGUGAACUCGCGAAAUCGGUCAGUCGACAACUACCACCAACCUUCAUGAACCCAAAUAUCGGUCAACAUGGUCAAGGAAAGGUGAGAGUGAAAGAAGAGAAAGACGCAUCUUCGAUGGCACCGGGAAGUCCACCGACACCACCUCACACACCUCAAAGUCCACCGAGACAAAAUUUACCUGGUGGUAAUUUUUCACAAUCCUGUCAAACAUCAAACGCGAGUUCUCCGAAUUUGCAACAGCAGCAAAUGCACCAACAACAUCAGCAACAACAACAACAACAACAGCCACAACAACAACAGCCACAACAACAGCAGCAACAACAACAACAACAGCAGCAGCAAGAUUCACAACAGCAACAGGACCAACAACAACAGUCGAUCAAUCCAAUAACGAAUUCACCAUUGAGUCAAAUACUCGUACAAAAUCCUGCGUUGGCGCAAUUAUUGCAACAAAAUCCAGCAAUCUUGUCGCAAAAUCCACAAUUGGCACAAUUGCUGCAACAAAAUCUUCAAGUUCAAAUGGGUAGCGUGCUGUUUCAGAACGUUCCAAGGGAAGAAACGAAAGAUACGAGGGUACCAGCACCAAUAGCGAGACUUGCGGCAAUGGGAGUGGAGACAGCUGACCCGAAGGUUUCCGCGCUGCUCAGGCAAAGCAUGUCACCGGUAGCGGACAGCAUGAUCGCUGGUGCGAAAUCAUCGGUGUCGCAGCCUAUAAUCGAUUACUCUCGAUAUGUCAGGAGAUAUACGUCCGGUCAGGAAUGCGGUAGCUCUUAUUGCAAGGAAUUAGGAUGUAGAGAACACUUUCAUUGUCUCGAUUGUAGUGGUAGGGUAUUUGUGAAGAAGGAGGAAAUGAUUAGGCAUUUCAAGUGGCACAAAAAAAGAGACGAAUCCUUACAACAUGGUUUUAUGCGAUAUUCGCCAACGGACGAUUGUUCGGAAAGGCAUCCCAGUCGAACUUGUCCGCAUAAUCGAAAGCAAACUCACUAUCAUUGCAUACAUGAAAAUUGCGACAAGGUUUACAUAUCGACCUCGGACGUGCAAAUGCACGCGAAUUAUCAUCGCAAGGAUUCCGCGAUCAUUCAAGAGGGCUUUCAGCGAUAUCGUGCCACUGAAAGUUGCGCCACCGAUCAUUGCCCCUUCGUCGGACAACGUACGACGCAUUUCCACUGUCGGCGGUCUGGAUGUCGUUUCACUUUUAAAAAUAAGGCUGACAUGGAUAAACACAAGUCGUAUCACAUUAAGGACGAGCAAUUGUCCCGAGAUGGAUUCAAGAAAUUUAUGAAGUCGGAAGCCUGUCCCUUUGAGCAGUGUAGAUUUUCGCGUGUCUGCAAUCACAUACAUUGCAUACGACCACAAUGCAGUUACGUUCUACACUCCUCUGGUCAGCUAUUUUCUCAUAAACGAAAACACGAGCGUCACGAUUCUGAGAUGGCUUAUCGAAGGUACAAACAAAUUAAUGCCAUUGGUGGGACUAGGCCGUACGGAUCUUGGGCACCGGACGAAGUAAGCAAUCAAGGAUUAUCGCUUAGUCUUAAUGGGGAAAGUUCGAAUGAAGAUAGAGGUUCGCCAUCCUAUUACUCGUUGGACGAUUCCUUUCAAAGUGCUAGCGAUUUAGCAAUGGAUCUUACCGCUCCUACGAAUAGCAUGACGUCUACCAGUUCAAUGCAACAACAGCAUCAACAACAACAACAGCAGCAACAUCAACAGCAACAACAACAGCAACAGCAACAACAACUUACCCCGGCGGAAUUAGCUUAUCUCGUUUCGGCCAAUUCAGAAUGCCCCUGUCAGUUAGGUAGGGAUCAUCACCAUUGUGGAUUGGACCGGUGCGGUGCUACUCUGAAGGAUCCUCGCGAAGUAAGGGAACAUUUGAGGGAGCAUGAAACUCAGGAACGUAUCACGGAUGCCUUUUUCGAGGAAGGUGGCUGUGACGAUGCCUGUCCGUACGCCGAUAAAGAAAAACAUUAUCAUUGUAAUUGGGAAAAUUGUCGAGAGGUCAUCCUGUCGACGGAUAAACCUUUUCGAAGACUUCAACAUUACAAAAUUCACGAGUAUAGUAGACAAUUAAAUCUCUCUUGUCCCUCGCACGCGCUUUCAUCCGACGUAACACUGACCCAUCUGACCAACAUUGAUGCCAUGUUCAGGCGGAAAAGAGGCAGACCACCGAAAAACAGAGUCAUCGAAAUUUGGUCAGGUGGAGAUCCGGCCUCGCACACGCACGACUCUCCGCAAGCCAUUUUUACGAGCUUCAAGUUACCUAAACCACAAACACCGAGUUUGACACCUACUCCGGUGACCGAUGAUCGAGAAGGUAGUGUUUCUCCUUCGAACAGUCUCGGUGAACCGGAAGGAUUCGCCACGUACAAUCCCGAAGGUUGUCCAGAUCUCGCUUGUGUUUUACGUUCUACCAGGCAUCAUCAUUGUUCUCAACCACGGUGUCAUUUCUCCACCGAUAGACCCGAUCAAUUGUUGAUGCAUAGCAAAGAUUUUCAUGACAACGUCGACAUACCAACAGGAUUUGCCUUUUUCGAUAAAAUGGUAGACUGUCGGUUAUCGAGUUGUCAUAGCAAUCGAGUGAAUCGACAUUUUCAUUGUACCAGACCUAAUUGCGGAUAUUCUUUUGUACGAUAUUCGACGAUGGCUCUUCACGAAAAACAACAUUCUAGACAUGUCGACGUUUGUACUCAAGAACCAUCCAAUAAAGAAUGUCAAACUCAACUACAAUCUUUUGUUCAAGAAACAAAACCAAGAAUUCAGGUGAAAAAUCCGGCUGAUCUUAUAGAAAAAACUGAUGACAGCUUGGAAGAGAGCAGGUCAAUGAUAGACGAAAAAGAAAGCGAACUUCCUAGUCCGGACGCUAACAAGACGACCGUGGUGAGGGCGGCAGGCACCUAUUAUCCGGUCAGCGGACCGCCGAGCGAACCCGCACUUCCGGGCGUCGUGCUAUCCAUGCGAGCUUCCGUGCACCAAGAGUCAACGGCCAUACCGCCAUCCGGUACAUCUACCUCAUCCCACACGCUUUAUGGGCCCGAGCAAAGCUGCAGCAGACCAUUCUGCAAGUUGAAACGUAAGAAUCACUAUCACUGCAAUGCCUGCAAUCAGGCGUUCUCGGAACUGGAUCGAUUGGUCGCUCACAUAGCCAAGCACUCGACAGGUGCUAUCCUCAGUCAACAACAACACGAUCUACCCAAUCAGUCCUCCUCGUCGUCGUCGUCGGUGUCAUCCAAUCAACUGCAACACGAGUAUCUGGCGCAACUUUCUCAGAAACCAGACUUCAUGGCACAGAAUGCUCAGAUGGCGCAAAAUAUCCAGAAUUUUCACAAUCAAAUGCAAAGGCAGAUGCAGCAGACUCUGGGACAGAUGAGCCAACAGCAGACACCACCGGUGAAGGAGAUUAAACUGGAAAGUCCAAGAUGUGCCACGGAUAUCGGUGUACAAAGUAUGCCGAAUAUUAAGAGAGAGCCGAAUAUUAAGAGAGAGCCGAAUAUUAAGAGAGAGCCGACUGAGAUUAAAAGAGAGGAAGUUGUUAAUUCGGUGCAAGAAACCAAUGAGAACAAUCAACGGAUGCCACCGCAACCAUCGAUGCCAGGAAACGUUCAACAUUCUCCGGCACCAGGACCACCGCCUAGUUUCGAGCUUGAUUUUAGUCACGGCUUUCAUUUCGCGAGUCCAGCAGUAAUGGCAGCAAUGAAUCAACAAAUAGCAUUGAUGAAUCAAGCUCUACCGCCGUUUCUUCAACACGGUGGCAUGUAUACCGGGGCACCUGGGCUAAUGUUUGCACCUGGUUUACCACCUACCAAUUUUCUUCCUCCAACCAGGGACGAAAAUCCUUUGGCUUCUCUAGCGGCUAAUCUUAAUUUGAACAAAAGAUCUCUUUCACCGCCGGACAGCAAUUCGCCUGAAGCGAAGAAGCAACGGCUUCAUCAUUCGAUGCGUAUGCUCAAGGACGAGCCCGUUCCCGAAGGAUACGUUAGGUUCAGAUUCAACGAAGAUUGCCGGUACACGCAUUGCGGUUACAGGGAACAUCAAACCCACUUUCAUUGCAUGCGCCAAGACUGUGGUUACUCGUUUUGCGACAAGACGCGUUUCGUUCAGCAUACGGCAAGGCACGAGCGUUUGGACACGCUAAUGGGUGGUGAUUUUCAACAGUACAGGGCCAACGUGCCCUGUGGUCGUGCUCAGUGCGCGUAUACUUCGUCACUCGGUUCGAUGCAAAACAAAGCAUCGCACUUUCAUUGUCUUAAAUGUGAAUUUGUUUGUACCGACACGAACAAGGUAGUUGCCCAUAGACGUCAACAUGCAAAAUUGGACAGCAUAGCGGCUGCGGGCUUCCAGAAAUUUACGCCUAGUCAGCCGUGCGGUGCCGUGCAGUGUCAACAUUCGGGCAAGCAAACUCAUUACCAUUGUUUGCAGUGUCAGUACGCGGUCUUAGGUUUGGCUCAAAUGUCGGCACACAAGUACCGACACAUGGACACUUAACGGAAAAUUUAUAGUGCAACUUCGAAGAAGAUUUAUCCCCAAAUAUACAUCUAUAGACAUUCCUUAGAGAAUUGAUCAAAAAAAGGGGAAAAGUUAAGAGAAAAUAUUAUAUUCGUGAUAUAUAUUUAAACUAAUAUCUAAUAGACAUUCCCUUAAUUCUCCCAAACGGUCAACAAUUCACGAGUAACGAAUUCGUACAACGCAGGGAGCUAGUCAGUGAAGUUGGACUGAGUUUAAAUUCAAAGUCCUAUUGAAAGUUUAGAAAAAAAAUGUUAUUGUUCCUUAACGUUUAGGAAAUAAAAAGAGAAGAAGAGGAAGAAGAAGACAAGGAAAAGAAAGAUCAUCGAAGGAUAGAAAACUCCUUGAGGGGUAUCUUAACUUUCGCGAAGUUGAAAGAAACAAACUCGUGAUUUCAUUUUUCGCCUUUUCCCCUAAACACCUCCACCCCUCUUCCCCACCUCUCCCGACUGGCUAGAAAACAUACCGAAAGGAAAGAAACUAUGUAAGGAAAGACGUCCUCGAUAUACAUACAUAAAUAUAUAUAUCGAAGAGUGGUUCAAGAAGACAAUAAAAAAGCAAGAAGACACUCUUAUCGUAAUAUACAAUAUACAUAUAUAUUAACGAAAAAAAAAAAAAAUAUAUAUAUAUAUAUAUAUAUAUAUAGCACGAGAAAAGACAAACGAACAAAUAAUACUAAUAAUAAUAUUUAAAAUAGAAAUAUCUUCUUAUAUAUUUGUCCCCCGUUUUAGCGUCGCGUACUCUCCGCACGUGACUGUGAUCCCACGUUAAUCAUUCGUUAGAGCUUCUUAUCUUCAGACACACUUAUAUUUACAUAUAUACACCAUUUAAUGUAAACAUUACUCGAGAGGACUGACGAAGAAGAAA